AUGCAAGAAUCGAGGCAUCGAAAUAAACACCACGAAGCUGAGGAUAAUUUCCCAGCUGCAAAGAAUAGUGAGCGUGAGCAAGCUUCAGACCAUGAGACAAAGGCGAUGAGACCGCCGACAUCGUCAUUUGCGCGUGCACUGUGGAAUUUUUCAUCGCAAUGGUUUCUCAUCCCCCAGGGAAACGGCAUUAUAGCUGUAAUCCUUCACCAGCUGGACUAUCAGUUCAGAGGACUCACGAUAAUAUCGGUUGUCCUCUGGAUAUACACUAUUGUAUUGCUGGUUGUUGGGUUAUCCCUCUACACGCUGCGAAUUCUUCUCCACCAUCGCCAUGUCGCUCAUAUGCUGAAGACAAGCAUCACGGAGACAUCAUGUCUAGCAAGCAUUCCCAUCACCUUUACCACGAUCAUCCAAAUGACAGUGCUAGUCCUGGUACGGCAAUGGGGUGCAGCAUGGGGUAUUGUCGCCUACGUUUUAUGGUGGGUCAAUACAGCAAUGGCAGUUGUGGUCGUGAUGGGCAUCCCGUACGUCUUUGUGAGAAUCCAGCCUCCAGGAGUCAAGGCGAUCCUACCAGGGGUGCUUCUACCGCUGAUCUCGACACUCACCUCGGCUGCUGGUGGAGGUGUCAUCUGUCGAUAUGGAGCUCUUAGCAGCCGAUUGCAGGUUCCUGUGAUUAUCGUCUCUUUUCUCGAAGUUGGCCUAGGGCUCGCGUUAGCUGUGACACUGGCUGACACCUUUAUGACGAGACUAUUCGACAAAAGCUUCCCUUCUGUGGAAGACAUCUAUCAGGAUAUGAUUCUCUGCGGUCCAUUCGGCCAAGGCAGCUUUGCCCUACAAAUCCUAGGACAGGCAGUUUCGCGCGAUGCUUUUGCAGAAUACAAUCGUGGGACGUUUUUAACGGCUGAAGCUGCCAAGCCUAUCGCGUUCGCCAGCGAAUUAGCUGGCCUGCUUGUCUGGGGAUAUGGCACAUUCUGGUGGUGUUUUGCCAUUAUUAGUAUAUCCCAUACCUUCAUCUCCCGGACAAGGCAUCGCCAGCAGACUUCCUUCACCUUGGCCGCUUGGUCUCUAGUCUUUCCGUGGGUAAGUCUGCAAUACCCCCGAGACAUUGACAAGUCUUGCUCACGGAUAUAA